AUGCGCUCCAUCAACAUUAGCUAUCAUUACUACCACUUGCAAGCAGGGGUAGGCCGCCAUUCCUGGCCAGGUCUGCUGUCCCAAAGUUCUCCGCACUCCUCCCCACCCCUGUUCCCCUCCUCCCACACCUCCUUCGCCUACAGAUGCCAGGCAGCUGUCUCCCACCAGACACGCAUCACGGCCGCAGAGCGCACCUCCACGCCACCGCCUCCAGCACGGAAACCUUCCCAUGGCUGCAGAGCUGCCCCUAAAGCAAAACUAGAGGCGAAGCCAGCCAGCAGCCCCUUCCCUUCCCAUCCCAGCCUGGCCCAGAUCCCCCAGUUCCGGAUGAUGGUGUCUCUGGGACAUUUGGCCAAAGGAGCCAGCCUGGACGAUCUCAUCGAUAGCUGCAUUCAGUCCUUUGAUGCAGAUGGAAACCUGUGCCGAAGUAACCAACUGCUGCAAGUCAUGCUGACCAUGCACCGAAUUGUCAUUUCCUCUGCUGAGCUGCUCCAGAAAGUGAUCGCCCUCUAUAAGGAUGCGUUGGCAAAGAAGUCCCCAGGGCUGUGCCUGAAGAUCUGCUACUUUGUAAGGUACUGGAUAACAGAAUUCUGGACCAUGUUUAAAAUGGAUGCCAGCCUGACAAACACUAUGGAGGAGUUCCAGGAACUGGUGAAAGCCCACGGGGAGGAGCUGCACUGCCGCCUGAUCGACACAACUCAAAUCAAUGCCCGCGACUGGUCCAGGAAACUCACUCAAAGGAUAAAAUCCAACACCAGCAAGAAAAGGAAAGUCUCCCUGCUCUUUGACCACCUGGAGCCAGAAGAGUUGUCGGAGCACCUCACCUACCUUGAGUUCAAGUCCUUCCGGAGGAUAUCCUUCUCCGACUAUCAGAAUUACCUGGUGAACAGCUGCGUGAAGGAGAACCCCACCAUGGAGCGGUCCAUAGCCCUGUGCAACGGCAUCUCGCAGUGGGUGCAGCUGAUGGUGCUCAGCCGCCCCACCCCGCAGCUCAGAGCCGAAGUCUUCAUCAAGUUCAUCCAGGUGGCCCAGAAACUCCACCAACUCCAGAACUUCAAUACUUUGAUGGCUGUGAUAGGCGGCCUGUGUCACAGCUCCAUCUCCAGGCUCAAGGAGACCAGUUCACACGUCCCACACGAAAUCAAUAAGGUCCUGGGUGAGAUGACAGAACUGCUGUCCUCCUGUAGAAAUUAUGACAACUACCGGCGAGCCUAUGGGGAGUGUACCCACUUCAAGAUCCCCAUCCUGGGGGUGCAUCUCAAGGACCUCAUCUCCCUGUAUGAAGCCAUGCCUGACUACCUGGAGGAUGGGAAGGUGAACGUCCACAAGCUGCUGGCCCUUUACAAUCAUAUCAACGAACUGGUCCAGCUGCAGGAGGUGGCCCCGCCCUUGGAGGCCAAUAAGGACUUGGUGCACCUGCUGACGUUAUCCCUAGAUCUCUACUACACUGAAGAUGAAAUCUAUGAGCUUUCCUAUGCCCGGGAACCAAGGAACCACAGAGCUCCACCACUAACACCUUCAAAGCCACCAGUAGUAGUGGACUGGGCCUCUGGAGUGUCUCCCAAACCGGACCCAAAGACUAUAAGUAAACACGUCCAGCGGAUGGUGGAUUCUGUCUUCAAGAACUAUGAUCAUGACCAAGAUGGAUACAUUUCUCAGGAAGAAUUUGAAAAAAUUGCUGCAAGUUUUCCAUUUUCAUUCUGUGUGAUGGACAAAGACAGGGAAGGCCUCAUCAGCAGGGAAGAGAUCACGGCCUACUUCAUGAGGGCCAGCUCAAUCUACUCCAAGCUGGGCCUGGGCUUUCCUCACAACUUCCAAGAGACAACCUACCUGAAGCCUACUUUCUGUGACAACUGUGCUGGAUUUCUCUGGGGCGUGAUCAAGCAAGGAUAUCGAUGUAAAGACUGCGGGAUGAACUGCCACAAGCAAUGCAAAGACCUGGUUGUAUUCGAGUGCAAGAAGCGAGCCAAGAACUCAGCAGCUCUCACAGAGAACAGCACCUCUGUGGGGCCAACGUUCAACCUCUGCUCAUUGGGAGCCAAAGAUCUGCUCCACACUCCUGAGGAUGGACCUUUUCCAUUCCAUAAUGGGGAGGCUGUGGAACAAAGUGAAGAAAGCAAAGAUCGGACCAUAAUGCUCAUGGGAGUGUCCUCACAGAAGAUUUCUGUUCGGCUAAAGAGGACUGUCGCCCACAAGGCCACCCAGACCGAAUCACUGCCUUGGAUUGGCAGUGAGGGCCCUUCUGAUCCUUUUGCACUGUCUUCCCCAAGGAAGACAGCCCAGGACACUCUGUACGUGCUUCCCAGUCCUACCUCUCCAUGCCCCAGUCCACUCUUGGUCAGAAAGCGGGCUUUUGUCAAGUGGGAGAAUAAAGAAUCCUUCAUGAAAUCAAAGGAGGAGCUCCGUCACCUCAGACUCCCAACCUACCAAGAGCUGGAACAGGAAAUAAAUACACUGAAAGCAGAUAAUGAUGCUCUAAAGAUCCAAUUGAAAUAUGCACAGAAGAAAAUAGAAAGCCUCCAACUUGCAAAAAGCAAUCAUGUCUUAGCUCAGAUGGAACAGGGUGACUGUUCUUAGCCCCCAAACUCCAGGACCACAAUCUGUAGAUAAGUGUAUCAGAGAUCUCACUUCCCAAACCAAUUCACACAAAGAGCCCCAGGAACCUUAAAGGGACCAGCCUUAAAGGGUACUUUAAAAAGGAAAAGCUAGUCAGUCUCCCCCCACCCACCCCAAUGUGUGUGACACUGUUUUUCCCUUCUAGCCAGUUGAAUCAAAGGAGGAAAACUGAAGAAUGCAAACUCUUUCCAUUCAUACCACAAACUUUUCUUCCCUGAGACUAAUGGCAAAAGCAUGAUAAUGUGACUAUAGUUUUCUGACAAGGUAGCUUCUCCUAUGUGGCCUGCCCGGCUGCUGCCUCCUUAGAACUAAAAUCCCUGGUAAAUGAAUUUGCUUCCUUCCCCGGGGUUUUCUGUGAACUGAGGGAUUUACUUUGUUCCAUCCAAAGCUUAGUUAUAAUAUUAAAGUAGAUUCACUUCCUCUACAUUCCAGCAUUCUUUAUGAAUCUGGUUCCCAAUUCACUACCUCAAAUCUAAUCAAUUAGCCUUUCCCCUGUCCUUCCUCACAGCACUCAUACACACCAGGAUAUCUAUCUAGAAAUGAACUUCUAGAGAUAUAGGCACAAAUUGUGGGGGCCUAGUCAACCAGAUGACAUUAUCCAGUUGCAGAUCAACUCGUCGUUUUAGUCUCAAAGUCGUAAUAAAAUAAGUAAUCAAAUUAAAUGCCUGAAAACAUGGCUAUUAUCAUCUCAUACAUGACUGGAUAAAUAGCUAAAAUAAACAUAAGGCAAACAUGAUGUUUGUCUUCAUAUAAUCUACAGUGGAUAGAAUUAGGACUUUAUGGCAAUUUUUUUUAAAGUCUGUUUAGCUCUUUUUUUUUAAAGUAACUAUUUUUGAGCUGAAUUUAUGCUUAUACUACCUUCACUGUUAAUACUAUUUAGGAAUAAGCUAAUUGGAUCAGAGCCUUCAACAACAGCUGACAGCGUGUAUAUAUGUAUAUAUGUAUUAUGUAAAUACAGUAUCAGGCAUGCAUGUGACCUGGAAUUUUGUUUCCUCCUUCAUAAAAUGUGGAAGCAAAUUAAACAACUUUUAGUCAUUCACACAAAUUCACAGAUGUAAAGUUCAGUUUGUUAUAAGGUAAAGAAUUUGCUUACAAUGUAAAUUGUAUUUGGCAAAAUCACGAGAGCAAGCCCUGUGAGUUAUCUAUUAAUGAAGGUUAAUGAUAAAUGGACUCAUUUAGCUCACUGGGUAACUGUUCACAAACUCCUUUUUCAGACUCUGUCUCUAAAAAAAUUCAUAUGAUCAUUUUCUUUGGGCGGGGGGGACACUUACCUUCCAUGCUUGGAAAGCCUGGUACCAAACUGACUUGAAAUUCAUAAACAAGUUGGCCUGCAUAUCAAGAACAUAACCCCAACCAUUAGAUGUUCCAAACCUAAAGCCAGCAACACCAAGUCUUAAUCAGAAUGCAAAGUACAUAUACAGUGUAGCUUCCCUGGAGGAUUCAGACCAUUAAGACUAGUUCCCAUUUGCAUACCUCCUGGUACUGAGCUUUAGUAAUAAAGCUAGUGACUAGUUUUCCGUUAUGUUUUAAAGAAUCACUUUACACACAGACUUA